ACCAACCCCACAAAAAAUUGAAAAGCACCGAUCUCCUUCUCCACCCUGACCCCUCCACCGACCUACGUUUCGAACUCCAAACCUUCUCCCCCGAUCCCAUGUCUUUCGGUCUCAAUCUCCGUCAGCCCACCGCCACUUCUCUGACCAAAGAAGCUAGAGUUGAGGAUGUGAUGUUGGAGAAAUUGAGAUAUGAUUUGAAGAGGUUGCCAGAGGAUCGAGGGUUUGAGGAGUUUGAAGAAAUGCCAGUUGAGGAUUUUGCCAAAGCUUUGCUUAAGGGUUAUGGUUGGCAUGAAGGGAGAGGAGUCGGAAAGAAUGCUAAAGAAGAUGUUAAAAUCAAGCAGUACACUAAAAGAACUUAUAAAGAAGGUUUGGGCUUUUUUUCUGCUUCACUUGAUUCAAAAAAUAGUAAUAAAAAUAGUAGCAAUGGUAAUGGUAGUGUUAAAGAGAAAGAAUCAGAGAAGAAUAAAGAUGGGUUUUCUGUGGGUAAAGAAGUUAGAGUGAUUUUUGGUAAAAAGGAAAAUUUGGGUUUGAAAGGUACGAUUGUAGAGAGGCUGGGUUCGGAUUCGAUUAUUUUGAGGGUAGAAAAGAGUGGGGAGGGUGUGAAAGUUCGGGUUUCUGAUGUUGCAGAAUUGGGGUCGGGAGAAGAGGAGAGGUGUUUGAAGGAAUUGAAGGAUUUAAAGAUAAAAGAAGAGAAGAAAUCGAGUGAUGGGGAUAGGGAACACCGACCUGUUAAUAAGAGGAGCGUGGAGAGUAGAGAAAGUUUGAUAAUUGGGAAUGGUGGCAUUGUUAAAGAGAGAGGAGUUCAGUGGCUUAGGAGUCAUAUUCGGGUUAGGAUAAUUAGUAAGGACUUGAAAGGGGGUAAAUUGUAUUUGAAGAAAGGAGAGGUGGUGGAUGUGGUUGGGCCUUACAAGUGUGAUGUAAGUAUGGAUGAAAGUAGGGAGUUGGUGCAAGGUGUAGAUCAGGACCUUCUUGAGAAUGCAUUGCCUCGUCGGGGCGGUCCAGUUCUUGUUCUUUAUGGGAAGCAUAGGGGAGCUUAUGGGAAUUUGGUUCAAAGGGACAUGGACAGAGAGGUUGGGGUUGUGCAGGAUUAUGGUAGCCAUGAGUUGCUUAAUGUCAAACUCGAGCAAAUUGCAGAAUAUGUUGGAGAUCCCAGCUACAUUGGCUAUUGAUUCUCUUGGGCGAGUGCUGAUGCAUAACACAGAAGGAGCAUGUUCAGAUUUUUCCGAUAUUUGAUCGUGGAGUCCCAAAGUUUGCCCAUUCCUGUAGACAACUAUUGCCUUCAGUUGUCCUGUAAUUGCUCUUUUGGUUUGAUGUAGUUACAUGACAUUCUGCAACAGGAUUAAGAUCAGUCAGAUGGAGAGACCUUCCUCGGUUUAAAGAUCUGAAGCAACAUGUCAUUAGCCAUUUUCAAUGGAAAAACGAAAUUAGAAAAGCUAGAUUGCCAGUUUAAUUGCUAUAAUUGCCUAAUUGGUUAUCUGAAUGCAGAUUGCAUUUGAAAUGGUAAUGACGACUGCAAUGUAAACUGAUAUUGACUCCAUGGCUUGUGUGUAGAAUAAAUACAAUUGUAACACUAGUUGGUAUAACGAUGCAGUAAAAGAGAUCACAGUG